AUGGGCGUAAAUUAUUUCCUCACAGAUUUUGUCUGCGGUGGCCGUUCUCCAUCACGCGGGUACCUAAACUAUAUCCCGACUGUCUAUAGCGCCGAUGCUGAGCACCAGACACUCAGCACUAGUAUGGCGGCUGUCGGCCUCGUGGCGUUGGCAACUCACCAACCCGAACUCGUUGACCGCGCGCGUGCCAAAUACUCAGAGGCGAUCCGUCACGUGAAUAAUGCAUUGGCAUCGCCUGUUGAGGCUUUCAAGGAUAGCACCUUAAUGUCCGUGAUCUCGUUAGGGGUCUUCGAGCACGUCUCAAACUACGAGUCGUGGGUCCGUCACGUCAAGGGCGCCGCAGCAUUAGUGGUUGCUCGGGGCAAAGCUCAGUUUACUAGCCCGGCUGCAAUCCUCAUGUUCAACCAAGUACGCGCAGAUAUGUCGAUCGCGUGCGUUCAGGGUAUUCAGCCGUUUCCAGAGGAUAUGCGUGAGCUACAGGAAGAGGCAAGCAAGCACAUAGACACCUCCAGUGCGUUCUGGCUCCUCGGGGUGCUAGCCACGCGAUGUGCAACUCUUUUUGCCGAUGUCGCCAAGAAUAAUCAGGAUAUCCCUGAAUCUGCAUUUACACCAUGGUCACACUUCCUAAGAGAGGCGACUGCGCUUCAGGAUGACUUUCAAGACGUGAUUGCACUUCUCUCUACACAAGAACCGUAUACAACCACACUGGAAUCUAGUGGAGACAGAGAUCCCAUGAUUUACAACGGCCGAUAUGACCUCUACGAGACAUUUUGGGCAAUAAGACUUUGGAACAACUCGCGAAUCCUUGAAAUUAUUGUUUGCGAGAUUGUAUGCUGGCUCAUAAACAAAAUCCUUUCCACGGAAUUGGCACAGCCAGCCCAGGAUCGUCUAAACCUUAUAUUAAAGCUACAAGAGACCCUACAGAUCAUAUCAAAGCGAGGACAGGAUAUACUAGCCAGUGUCCCGCAGGGCUUAGGGUAUAUAUCGAUAUCCAAAAGCCAAAACUCUGUCGAUGGCUCCCCCCAGGCCAGUGUGUCUGGUGGGUAUAUGCUGACCUGGUGUCUCUACACGGUCGGCAAAUCUCCUGUCGUAAAUCAUGAAACACGGGAAUGGAUCAUCAAACAGCUCCAAGGUAUCAGCAAGAGCGCAGGUGUCGCAAUGGCGCUGCAACUUUCUCAGGAUAUAGUUAAAAUCGAUCGGAUGGCCAAUUAA